UGCCUUGCACGUGGGUCACGGGAAACAAGUGUUUAUGGCCGAAGGUGUCCACCGAUAAGGCUGUCAAGCUAGUGCGAAAGGGGGGGCCACCAGGACCAGGGUUUUCUGAGUUCGAGGUGACUGUGAAAGGACUAUUCAAUUCCUACGAAGAAGGGCGAUCUAAGUUGGAGCGGUCGCGGUUCACAUCUGAUCUCUCGGACGAGGAGAUACGCCCAAAGCGUAGGAGAUUUCGCCCCACACGCUGGAGCGAGUCCGACUCAAGCUCGGAUGAAUUCCCGGAAGCCCCGAUGCCGCUCUGCGCACGGCAGAACUCGCGUAACGCUAUUUGAUUUUUAUUUUGUUCUGCAGCUGACAGCCUUGUUGACCGUUGCAACUGUUUCUUAACCUUUAGCUUAGAAUUCGAACCUGGCACUUGAUAAGUCUAGGGUGUGUCGUCAGACGUACUUGAUCUGUCGUUUUACGUAAACAAUGUGCUUAUAUAGGGGGUUGGGGCACAACUGCAUUUUUUAUAUUUUGGGAGAUCAAUUUGUACUUUUUUCAUCUUACAAUUUGAGGUUUUCUGGUCGCUUUUCACAGCCAGUAGCCAGAGACUGGAAUCACAGAGUGCGAGCCCGGCAAGAUCAAUACACAGUGAAAUGUCGCAAGCUGCACUAAUGCGAGGUACAGUUUCUCCUGAAAACCACUUAUAUUGUUUUUCGCUUUUUGUAUUCUAAUGUUACCAAUUCCCAACUUAAUCAGACAUCUCCAAACAGGUGCUAGUGGUUCGUCCCAGUCGUCUAGCACUUCGAUAAACACGCUGGCUCCCAGUCCACAAGAUAAAGGUAGCUAUAGGGUGUUUUCACUGACGUAAUUUCGUCCACCAUUUUGUUGUUGUGAGCUGUCUGGCGUGUGCCAAACUCGAGCAUUCCAAGGAUUGACACGCCCCCUCAAAUGCGUAGAGCACCGCUGACAUCAUCUCAACCGGUUACGAUGUAAUCCUUCAAUGUAGUAAAUUUGUGUGAAAAAACAAGCUAACAACAAAAUGCCAAAUUGACGUUAUGUGCGAACAACCUAUAAUGUAUGGCCAUUUUACAAAUGAGGGGCUAUGCACAUAUUGCUGCAAGUUGAGGUGCAAAGCUUGCAGAACCAAUUAACUUUAAUUUCAUUUCCGUGUGAGCGCUGAAGUUUUAUAUUUAAUCAAAUUUGGGCAAGCAAAUAUAUGGAGCACCAUGCCACCAAAAACAAGGUGGCUUUCUUCACAUCUAGGAACCUAAAUAUGAGAAAAAUCCAUGUCACCUUGUACCCUUAUUGCAUCUAGCGCCUGCAGUUGUCUUUAUCUUCGUAGAUGCCAGUGGUUUUUCAACCGCAUCUCAAACAUUGACAAGGAUGUCGGCUCCCAGUCGAUUAGAUCAAGCACUGCAGGCUAUGCAACACAUGACGCCUAGCACCAGUGCUUCGACCUGCGCUGAUCUGCGGGCCACUGCUAGGAUCUUGAGUGCUGCUGAGUUUCAGCGACGGGUGCUGAAUGGGAUGAGCGUCAUGAGGAGCCAGCAGACGGAGAUAAUGGACAUAAUUUCGACAUUGCUACGAGCGCGUGAGAGUUUCGUUGUAGAGCCCAGCCAGCCGAUCCUCGUUGAUCCCCUCGACACUCCUGAAGCAAUUGAGGUGUUUGAUGGCGCUCUUACAGAUGCCACGAGUGAGGCUUUGGUUGUGGAGCUGACCUCCCUUGGGGACCUGUCUAUCAAAACAUCUGUAAGGUCUAUGCUUGCACACCUGAUUAGUGACGAAGCUGCAGCCAAGUUCAGCAUGGAUGGGCGCAAAGGGAAGAAGGUUUUCCGUAGCCUUAAGCUGUACAAAUUGAUCUUUGCUGCUAUAAAGCGGACAAAGCACUGCAAAGAGUCUACGAAAAAAGAGGUGGAAACGGAAGUCAAGGAGUGGCUUCGCCGCGCAAAGGAGAGGUGCACCACUUCUAAGGGAGAGUAGGCAUCUACCUUCAAGUGUGAGAAAGGUGCCUCUGCCCUGGUUCUGAUUGCAAAUAAAAAACUAUUUUGCUGUCUAACAUCCUUGUUUCCUUCUAGCUUACGAAACAUAAGGCCAACUGGCACUGCGACAUCACUACGUAAAAUGUAAUCAAAUGAUUGCAAAAUUACUUUAAAAAGUAGUACACAUGCAUCACAAUUCAUUUGAUUACUUGUAGUCGAGAACAUACAAUACUGUUUUUCUUUUUACCGCACACAGUAUCAGCUUGAAAGGAGCUUACAAUUCUAAGGUUCUAGGCCUCUAUUAAUGGACCUUCGGACAACACUUGAAAAAAAAAAACGAAUUACCGAUGUGUCCACCUCUUUUUUUCCCCGUCAUACCUAUUGAAUGAUCUUGGAGACCCCAGAAAGCAUCUAUUGCGCCCCUCAAACCCUUAGCAAAUCCUAGAGGGCCCAUCAGACUUUGCAGAAAAUUGUGAUGGGCCCCUAUGGAACUUCAGGAAAUACUGUGAUGGGACCUCUUAAGACCUCAGGAAAUCUUGAAGGGGCCAUCAAAUCUGUCAAAGAAUCUUGGGGG